AUGCUGAAGGUCGUACUUAUUGCUGCACUCUCUGUGCUCGUGCUGGCUGAGGAGGAGCCCCAGGCUCGGUACCUGGAGGAGUCCCUGGAGAGGGUUGUGGGAGGCGAGGUGGCCCGCCCCAACUCCUGGCCCUGGCAGAUCUCUCUGCAGUUCAAGUCUGGCAGCAACUACCACCACACCUGUGGAGGUUCCCUGGUCAGGAGGGGAUGGGUGAUGACCGCUGCCCACUGUGUGGACAGCCAGAGAACCUGGCGUGUGGUCUUGGGAGAGCACAACCUCAACAGCAACGAGGGUCGUGAGCAGUACGUCUCCGUCAGCCACGUGCACAUCCACCCCAACUGGAACCGCAACCAGGUCGCCGCCGGAUAUGACAUUGCCCUGCUGCGUCUCUCUCAAGAGGUCACUCUGAACAACUAUGUGCAGCUGGCCAACCUGCCUCCCUCUGGCCAGGUUCUGAACCACAACCACCCCUGCUACAUCUCUGGAUGGGGACGCACCACCACUGGUGGUAACCUCUCUGCGCAGCUGAAGCAGGCCUACCUGCCCGUGGUUGACCAUAAGACCUGCUCCAGUGGCAGCUGGUGGGGUGGCAAUGCGAAGACCACAAUGGUGUGCGCUGGAGGCGGAAAAGACUCUGGCUGCCAGGGAGACUCCGGUGGCCCUCUGAACUGUCAGCUGAGUGGCAGGUACUACGUCCAUGGAGUGACCAGCUUUGUCUCAGGCAGAGCCUGCAAUGAGAGCCGCAAGCCCACCGUCUUCACUCGUGUGUCCGCCUAUAUCGGCUGGAUGGAGAACGUAAGAGUGUCUGAAAUGUUUGACAUGAUUUCACAACUUUGCCACAACAUAAUAAAAGCAAUAUCAGGAGGAUCUGCCCGGACCACAUACCGCGACGCAUACCGCUCCCCCAAGUGCCGGCCGCACUCCCGGAACACCACGAGCCCCAGGAGGCAAUGGACCAUCCUGGUGUGA